GUACCGGCUGCUUCUUGCUCCUGGCUGGCGCGCGCCAUUUGUGUUUCGUCCCCAAUGGUAGUGGCAAUGAAUGCCCUGAGCUCAACAGUCCAUGCAGUUGUACUCCUCACCUCGCUCUUGUUCAUCUCCACGCUACCUCGCUGUAGACCAGUGUCAUUCAGCUACAACUCCUCCGAUUUCGAUCGUUCCAACAUCGCACUUGACGGAAGCGCGACUCCUUCUCAACGAGAUGGCCUCAUCGAGCUCACCCAGAAUCCUGACCCAAAAGCGGAAGGAAUUUUCAACACGAUGGGCCGGGCGUCAUACAGCAAGCCGGUGCUCCUCUGGGACAAGGCCACCGGCGAGGUGACAAGUUUCACCACGCGCUUCUCCUUCGCCAUCAAGGCAUCAAGCCAGGGCAUGUACGCACCCGGCGACGGGAUCGCCUUCUUCCUCUCGCCCUACCCGUCGAAAAUACCACCCGAGGAUGGUGGUGGUGGACCUGGUGGUGGCUACCUCGGCCUCUUCGUCAACAACAGCACCGCCUCCACUCCGGUCGUGGUGGCGGUGGAAUUCGACACGUACCAAAAUGGUUGGGACCCGAGCACCGAUCACAUCGGGAUCGAUGUUAACUCCAUAAACUCGACGGCGGUGAAGGUGCUGCCGAAUGGCAUUCUCGCUAAUUGUACGGAGCCGAUGAUUGCAUUGGUGAGCUACAACAGCAGCACAAGAUUGCUCGCCGUCGCCCUACAGCUCGACAUGAGAGAUGGAGGCAUGAGGUACGAGAUGAACAGCACAGUUGACCUCAGGAGUUUGCUCCCCGCGGAGGUGGCCAUCGGGUUUUCUGCUGCUAGCGGGUGGUCCAGCAAUCUGCACCGGGUGCUCACCUGGUCCUUCAACUCAACGUUGGUGGAGACGGUGCCUGUGGUGGUAGAAGAACCGAAAGGAAAUGAAGGGGCGCGCAAUAAGGCGGUCCAGACAUUCCCCUCAAAAGGUAUGGUCUUGCCGGUAGCCGGAGCGGCUAGUGCCGUGUUUACUGUCGCCUGUGUGGGUUCAUUGAUCUGGUUUCUGAUGAUGAGGCGCCGGCGGCGGAUGAGCGGGGAGCAAGAGCACGAGAUGGAGGACCUCGAGGUUAGCAGCAUGGACAACGAGUUCGAGAGCGGCACCGGCCCGAGGCGAUUUAGCUAUGGCGAACUGGCCGCCGCGACGAACCACUUCUCCGAGGACGGGAAGCUCGGAGAAGGUGGCUUCGGAUCGGUGUACAGGGGGUCCUUGAGCGAUCUGGGCCUUGAAGUCGCCGUGAAGAGGAUAUCCAAGAGCUCCCAGCAAGGGAGGAAGGAGUACGUCUCCGAGGUCACCAUCAUAAGCCGCCUAAGGCACAGGAACCUAGUCGAGCUGGUCGGCUGGUGUCAUCGCAGCGGCGAGUUCCUGCUCGUCUACGAGCUGGUGCCCAACGGCAGCCUCGAGGCUCACCUCUACGGCAGUGGCAAGGCGUUGACGUGGCCGAGCAGGUACAAGAUUGUACUCGGGCUCGGCUCGGCACUGCUCUACCUGCACGAGCAGUGCAAGAAAUGCGUGGUGCACAGGGACGUGAAGCCCAGCAACGUCAUGCUGGACGCCUCCUUCGCCGCCAAGCUCGGCGACUUCGGGCUGGCCAAGCUCCUCGACCACGGCAGCAGCUUGGAGACGGCGUUUCUAGCAGGGACCAUGGGGUACAUGGACCCGGAGUACGCCGCCACCGGCAGAGCGAGCACCCCGUCUGACGUCUACAGCUUCGGCAUCGUGCUGCUGGAGAUCUGCUGCGGCAGAAGGCCGCGGCUGCCCCGAGACGAAUCCAUCAAGUCGUCCCUCCUCGAGUGGGUCUGGGACCUCUACAGCCGGGAAGAAACUCUCGAGGCAGCCGACAAGAGGCUGGACGGCGACUUCGACGACACGCAGAUCCAGCGCGUGCUAGUCGUCGGGCUCUGGUGCGCGCACCCGGACCGAAGUGCGCGGCCGUCCAUCAAGCAAGCGCUAGCCGUGCUUCAGUUCGAGGCUCCAUUGCCUCCUCUCCCUCCGACGAUGCCCGUGCCGACAUACACGACGAGCGUUGCAGGUUCGUGGAGCGGUGAUUCAUCCAGUGCCGGAGUUCUUUCUUCCAGUGGGGGCGAACUUUGGACGACGACGAGUUCCUCCACAACUCCCCUGGUUGGCCAUCCAACGGUUCUCCUCGCGCCACUUAAGCCCCAAACUGCUGCCGCCUAAGUCGUAACCAUCAUGGUGUUGGAUAUCAGAAUUUCUCCCUUUCCAAACUCAAUAAUGAGGUUGCAGCUUGUUUUCAGAUCUUGUUUUUUAUUUGUUUCCUUCCGCAAGCGUGAUGCAGAUUUAUUAAGAUUUAUGUAGCUCUGGUGUGGGGUGGUGUACUGGUGUAGCCAUUCCGUCAUGGAUUUUCUUAUACUCCGUAUAUAUUCUAUAAAUAUG